AUGGUGGCAGUGAUCGUCAGUAGGUUAAAGAGGCCAAUGGAUCUGCCAUCUAUCCUGAAAGCUGUGUCCAACCUGCUUCUCAUUUCAGUGGGGAUCCCAGGAAACCUCAUAGUCCUGCUGGUGUUUGGCUACAUCGGUUGCACGGAGCGCAAACUGCUGCCAGCCGACAGCAUCGUUUUCAUGAUGAUGUUUGUGCACCUGCUGAUAAUCCUCAACCGAGGAAUCCCACAAACCCUCUUUACACUGAACUACAGGGGAUUCUACGAUUCCUCAACCUGCAAGUUUCUCAUUUACAUCUUCAGAAUGACCAGGUCUAUGUCCAUGUCCCUUACCUUCCUCCUCAGCGCAUACCAGAGCGUCCUGAUCGCGCCAGCCACCUCCCGGCUCUCGUACCUAAAGCCAAAGCUCCCCACGCUCCUGCUGCCAUCCUUUCUCUUCUUGUGGCUACUGAAUGGGGCGACGUGCAUCCACAGCUUCCUGUACACAUCUCAGAUCCGGAACUUCACCGCCCUCAAAUUCACUCUCAAUCUGAGCUACUGUAUUGUGGAGUUUCCUAGCGAAGCAUCCUACUUAGGGACCGGCACCAUGGAACUCUUCAGAGAUCUCUUCUUCGUGUUUUUUAUGGUGGCCGCCAGCUCGUACAUUUUGUUUGUUCUCUAUCGACACCGCCAGCAGGUAAAGGGCAUCCGGAGCUCCGAGCAGAACCAGCACACGCCAGAAAUGCGGGCGGCCAAAAUCGUGGUCACUUUCGUCACCCUCUUUGUGGUUUUCUUCGGAGUCGACAACAUCACCUGGAUCUACACCCUGUCUGCGGACAAGGUCCCUGCCGAUAUUAACAACGUGAGGGUUUUCUUCUCCUCGCUCUACGCCUCUGUCUCUCCCAUAGUCGUGAUCGCUUCAAACAAGAAAGUCAACAGCAAGCUGCAGUGCACUAAGACGGUUAAGGUUUCUCAAUCCAAGACAACUAUUGUUUCCAUUGCUUAGCCAUACUGUACUUAUUCCUCUGCUUCGUUGUUUACAGUAAAACCAGAUUUAAAGUGUCCCAAUAAAGGAAGAAUCCCUUCUAGAUAAUGUUUAUCAAACUGGUUCUUACUUCUUGCUUUUGCACAUGAACCAUCAGCCACUCAUAAAAGAAAAGAAAAACUUCGAUCCAGUUUUAAUUGUUUUCUACAUAUGAAGAUACAGUAGGUUUAAAGCACAGAGUGAGGUUCUGAGUCAGUCCACUGCUCUCAUGUAUAUAUGUAUUAGGGGUUUUAAUCAAUUAAUGAUUAAUCCCACCUGUGGGCUUUGAUUGAUUAAAAAAUAAUUGAUUGCUUAAUCUUGUCUACCUGAGAGCGGGAUCAAAAACCUGUCAAAUUACAUGAAAGUGAAUAUAUGUAUAAUAAACAUUAGCUGGCAUUAUAAAACAUUUGCAUUAAACAGCAUUAUGUUAGUACUUUACUUGUAAUUGUCUUUCAAUACAAUUUCACAUCACUCGCAAACAGGUGUGAUAUAUCGAUUUGAAGCAGUUUCCACACACACAGGUGUAGUAUAUAUUAUUACAUGUAGUUUUUGACAUGCUUAUUGAGCCACCAUUGGGAAUUAACAAUGCUUACCACUUAGAAGAAACGGCAAUAAGAUUUCUAAUUGCUACUCUUAUAUAGGAUUGAUUGUAUAGUAUGUUUGUAUCUGGUUCUUAUGGUUACAGUACUGUUUCUAGAGAUAUUCAUAGUUGAGCUGUAUGAAGCAUACACCGAAACAUCACACAAGCAUAAGAGAUGGUUUUUUUUUGUUUUUGUGCCCCUUACUAAUGCUGGUGUUUCCA